AUUACAAACCCAAAACCCUCUCUCUCUCUGGAUUCCUCCUUUCACAUUCAUUUCCCUCUCAAAAUUCUCUCGCACUUCACGUUGUAAGGAUCUCUGUCAAGGAGGUUUGCAGAUCUCUGGUUCAUGGAGCCCGCCUUUGAUCAGCAAGACCGAAUCGUCGGUACUGGGGAAAGACCGUUUGUGGUAGACAAUUCUACAGAACAGCCACUUUCGCCCAAGGAUGAAAGGAUUGUUUCAGCGAGUCUUUAUCCGGAUGCAGCCAUCAUAGGCUCUUCAAGGGAUGUUGCCGAACAGGCUGGAGCUUCAGAUGCAGUUGGAGAUGUUGGCAUUAUCCACCCACCAACUCCAUAUGCUGCUUAUGAACAGAAUAUGUCACGUGGUGGUUAUGCUGACAGCAUUGGUAUUUGGGAUGGAUACCCACAAUAUGUUAAUCCUGAAGGCAUGCACUUAUCUCCGUUUAUCUACAAUGAGAAUCCAUCUCUUCUCUUUCACUCUGGUUUCGGUUUCAACCCUGAGAUGGUGUAUGGGCAGUAUUCUCCUAUAGCUACUCCUUUGCAUUCAAUGAUGAUGGAAGGCCAGCUAUAUUCUCCGCAGCAAUUCCCAUUCUCUCCAACUUUCUACCCGCAACAUGGUCAACAGCAUGCUCCAGCAACUUUGUCUUCAGCAGUUCCAGUUUCUCCACCUGAGCUGAUGACCUCAGAAAGUAGUGGUGAAAACCUACUCUUUGGGCCUGGAUCAGGUUACUUAGUUCCUUUUGGAUCAUUAGGCGGAGGGAACAUAUCUGGGAAUCCUGCUACUAAUCCUCUAACAUCUCCAGUAGCUUAUCCUCAAGUGAUGGGCAUACUUGGGUCAUAUGAGCAAAAUGUUGUACAGAGGCAAAUGCAUGGUUAUGGACCUGCCUCAAGUUCUGUUGGAGGUUACUCAGUUGGUUUAUCUUAUCAAAGCCCUAACUUCACCACUCAUUCCAUUUCAUAUUUGGGAGCUGAUGACCAAAGCAGGUCGAAUGUUGACAAGGGAAGGAGACGAGAGAGGGAUCAAGAAUCAAUUUGCAUUUCUAAUGAUUCACAUGGAGUUGAUCACAAUCGAGGGCCUAGGGCUUCAAAGUUGAAGGGCAAGAACAUCUCUGAGGAGAGCUCUUCAUCUGCUAAUGGAAAAAAUAAUUUGGCAAGCUGUGAAACAUAUCGUACUUUCUACAACCAGCCUGAUUUUGUCACAGAGUACGAAAAUGCUAAGUUCUUUAUCAUAAAGUCUUUCAGUGAAGACAAUGUUCAUAAGAGUAUUAAAUACAGUGUCUGGGCCAGCACGCCACAUGGAAACAAAAAAUUAGAUGCUGCUUACCAUGAAGCAAAUGCGAUGCAAGGAAAAUGCCCCGUUUUUCUAUUUUUUUCGGUUAAUGCUAGCGGACAGUUCUGUGGGGUGGCUGAAAUGGUUGGACCUGUUGACUUUGAGAGGGAUGCUGAUUACUGGCAGCAAGAGAGAUGGAGUGGGCAGUUCCCUGUGAAAUGGCACAUCAUCAAAGAUGUACCAAACAAUCGAUUUCGUCACAUACUCCUCCACAAUAAUGAUAAUAAACCUGUGACUCACAGCAGAGAUUCUCAGGAGGUUCAAUUUCCCAAUUCGCUUUUUAAAACUGUUGUACUAAUUUAUUUUUGGGAACUAGAAAUUUUUCAAGCAUUUUUUCUGUGUCCUUCUGAAGGUGUAUGUUAAGUGGAAAGGUUCUCAAUUCUGUUGUUUUUGUGCAAGCCUUGGUAAUUGUUGCUUAAUAAGGUGAGAGAUGUGUAACUAUAUAUAUUGUUUGCUGAAACAAAAAAUGAAAAGGAAGAAAGAACCUUAGGUGUGCCUCAAGCAUUUGUCACUCAAAAGACUAUAGUUAAGACAGUGAUAGAUGACAGUGACUGACGGCUCUUUUCCGGAUUUCCAGAGUGAUUGAAAGCUCUGUUCCAGACUUCCAGUUCAUUUCAUUUAAAAAUAGAGAUACCCAUUUAAAGAUCUUGUUUAAUUGUCAGUGCUCCAAUCAUAGUAGUCUACUAUCCCUCUCUGAAACUGCAGGUCUAAAUCCAUAUUGACGGGAUUUGGAAGAGGAGAGAAAAUUUUCUCCAGAUUGCAGGAUAUUAUAGUUGAUGGGUGGGACUUAAACAUUCCUGGACUUGAAUAUGGGGAAUCUGGAAUUCUUAGGAUGUUGGUUCUGAAUAACUGUCAUAUAUUUUUUUCAAUGGUCUGUGUUCUCAGUGCGAGUAGUGAAAAAUGUAAUUUCAUGACCACAACAUAGCUAAAACAUGCAAAUGUUUGCCCACUUGUUAUCUAUUGGCUGAUUUCAACCAGGAUGAAACAAACACAUUUCUUGGCAGAUCUCUUGUAUGCCUUAUUUUUUGACAAUAGAGGUCUUUCUAUUUUUGGUUCUGCUGGUAAAUUCUUUUUAUUAACUUAACAUGCUCUUGAUUUUGGGAUAAUCAGUGAAUCAGAAGAGGUAUCGAGAUACUGAAGAUUUUCAAAGAUCAUGAUGUGCGUACAUCCAUUUCUAGAUGAUUUUGGGUAUUAUGAUGAUAAGGGAAAGAAUUGUAAAAGAGAGGAAGGCCAGACAGCAGGCCCAGCUCAAUUGAAAGAUGUUCCCCAUUUACUUGCUGAUGAUUCUAUAGAGCAAAUUUCUGGUCUUCUUUCUGAAAGCCUUACAUCUGGAAGAUGGCAAUGAAAACAAACAAGCACAGGAAACAAAUUUUAGGCUAGGAGAAAGACUUCAUAAACAAAUUCAUAAACCAAUCUUCUGAUAGCUUUUCUGUGGACCCACCUGCCGGAGGAGAAGGGUGAUAAAAGAAUUAUUGGCAUCUGAUGUAUGUGCAGCAAAUAGGGAAUUUAGCCUGUUGAGAACAGGACUACAGUUAACAGCUAGAAGCAGUUAGUUUUAGGUGUGUAAUUGACAGAGCUCCCUGGUCCUUUUUAAUAAUUCUAUAGAUUCUUUACUUGCUGACAACAUUUGAGGAGGUAGAUGAGGCAUGUUGGGCCAGGGGAGCUGUGCAAGGUGAUGGUCUGGUUUUUGGUCUGGUUUUUAAGCAUCUUUUGUGGAUUGUUCUGGGAAAAAUUGUGAGGUCAAGUUACAUGCGUACGGGAUGGAAAUUGGGACACAUUGAAUAGUCUGUUUAUUGGAUUCUCAGUUGUUUUCUCUGAAGUUUGUUGCAGCUUUGCACUGUGGGACUUUGAAGUAACAGCAUGAAGAGGUAUGUUUUGGGAAAUUAACUUUGGUAUAUACUGUGUCCUUUUGAUGCAUUAUUUCGUGUAAUCUCUCUCUCUCACACAUUUUUUUUUUCUUUUCCUUGGUUUUGACUUUUGAGAGGGUUUUGGGGUAAUGAAAGGAUUUGUAAACUUCCCCAUUUUGGGAGGUAAAAUCAACAUUAAUAAAGAAUACAAGAUGUUACAGAUUGGCAAUGAAA